AAGACUAAGCAGAGACGACACCAGCAGUAGAAGACGUGUUAGACAGCAGAGGUUUUAGUCAUGGACACUUCACAAGAAGAGUGUCCAGUUUGUAAGGACAAAAUAAGGAAUCCGUCUCAGCCUUCUCCAUGCUGUAAAAAAAUAAUUUGCCAGAGUUGCCUGGGUCAGUCUUUGCGCUUUAGAGCUCAUUGUCCACACUGCAGAACUCCAGUAACUAAUCCAUUGCAUCCUGCAACUCAUAGACGGGGAGUUCGGCUGCCUAUCCUGAUCGGGAAUGAUGAAAUAUUCAAUGUACAAAGAACUGUUGGCUCAAACAUACAAAAUCGCCUUCUCCAACUUCAAGCUGCUCAAGCAGCACUGACAAAUGCUGCCAAUCAAGCCAGUCUGCCCAAUCUUGUCCCGGCGCCUGCCCUGCAACGUCAAGCCCCUCCCCUUUCAAAUGCCACUGUUGCCAUUAUUCCACCUGUUCCUGCUCGACGGGCCAGACCUCAGCCUGCACUUAUAAUCACAACCAUACAACCUGCAACUGUUAAUGCUGUCCCAGCACCUCCAGCUUCACCAGCACCACUAUACCACAACCCAGCACAAGAAAAUCUGGAGGAUGACCUUGAUGACUGGCAUUUUCAAACUGAGAUCAAUGAAAUGGGAAUGAGGCAGCAGGAGCAAAUACAGGGCUCCACUCUGAGAACAUUGGUGUGCCCCUACUGUCAGAUGGGUGGGCUGGAUGCUAUGGAACUGCGGGUUCACUGCAAUGCCCAACAUGCCUAUGACAGCACACAUGUGGUUUGUCCUGUGUGCGUUGUUUUGCCUCAUGGUGAUCCACAGUACUACAGCCGCAAUUUUAUUGGCCAUCUUAACAUGCGACACUGCUACUACAUUGAGGAUAUAACUAACAUCCACCAGAAUGAUGAAGUCAACUUUCAGUGUGCCCUCAUGGCGUCAUUUAUUGAAAACAUCCCCAUGUAACCAUCAUUUAAAAAAGUGCCGUAACCAUGAUUUUUGGUGUAUUGAUUACUAUUUGACAUUAGGGAAAUGUUUUAAAUUGCCAUUAGUGAGGGUGGGCACUAGAUUCUCUUAUUUCUAGAUAGCUUUUACUGUAAUUGGUGCAGUAUUAUGUCAUAAAUAUGAUCCAUUAGGAAGCGAGAGACUGUGUUUUGAAUGCUAAUAUCUUCUAUAUGCGUAUCUUUGGCAAUGUUUUGUAGCACACUGGUUUAUAGAUAUCAACAUAUUCAUACUAAAAGUACGGUGGCCUACUAGUGCAUAUGACAACGAAAUUUAAAAUGCAAAUAUAAGUUCACAACACAACGCAAUCAAGCUACAACACAACAGAAUAAAGCCACAACACAACGGAAUCGACCCUGAUAGCACACAUACAUCUGGUUUACGUUUAUUUGACUUCUGCAUUUACAUCUGCAAGACAUCUACAAUACAUCGUUUGCUCAUCUGCAAUACGUCUCGGAGAUGUCUGCUGUCAGACGUCAUAUAGACAUCUAGAAUAUGUCUGUAAGAUGUUUAUGAUAUAGAAUGGAUGUACAACAGCUCUUUCUAAGAUGUUUAGCAGAUGCUUUUAAGCAGCAGAUCUCCAGAUCUUUAGCAGACGUAUUACAGAUGUUCAGACGUCUCCGAGACGUAUUGCAGAUGAGCAAACUAUGUAUUUAAGAUGUCUUGCAGAUGUAAAUGCAGACUUCAAAUAGAUGUAAACCAGAUGGAUUGUGCUAUCUGGGUCGAGUCACAACACAACGGAAUCGAGUCACAACACAACGGAAUAAAGCCACAACACAACGGAAAUGCUCCCGACCACUAGGGGGCACCAAAGUUCUUAUUAUUGUUCUAUAUUUUUAUGGGCACAUUCGGCACUUCCGUGCUUGGUUCAGUGCAGACAGCAGCGGGAGAGAGAUCCGGGAGAGCAUUAAGGAUUCUCACACUGAUUAUUAAAGCCGAGGACAAACAUUCUAAGACUUUUUCUUUCAACUGUAGCGGAUUCUAGUCAGAAAACAGCACACGACUGCUUAAGACCACUAUACACAUUAACACAUUAAAUUACUGAUGACGACUGGACUUUCUGCUAAACCAACAAAUCUAUUGAUUUACUGAUAUAGAUGAGCAAGCUUGCAUUAUAUUCCCGUUUCUUAAGUCAUAAAACCGCAAUGCUCACGUUUAUUUACACUUGGUUAUGCUUUAAUUUUUUUAGAGGUUAUGCAUGCAUAAUAAAGGUUAAAUAAAUUGGUAAUGAAAACAAUAUUUAAUAGAGUAAUCAAUUAUUCGUAACAGUAAAAAAACGAAUGCAGACUUAAGUCCAGAGCUUGCUCACUGAAACUGAGAUAGGAGACUGUGGCAUUGUCUGGAUCUAAAUGCAGACUUAAGCCCAUUGCACCUUGAGUCCGAAAUUUGCGUCCGAAAUUUCCGCGCGUUAAAAAAUAAAUACAACCUCACGUUGUGUCAAUCACAUUUACACACUGCCUCCGAUAUUUUCGUCCGUCAUAAAAAAAUUCGGACCAGGUUCGAUUUUCUGCGUUUUUCGCAUCCGUUAAGCAUUUUGAGUGGCCUUUUUUAACCAUUCAGAGACACAGUACAAACGAGAGCCAAAUACGAAAAAACGCAUACGACAAUUUCGGACUGUAUGUGCAAAGACCUUUAAAGUUGAAAAGUACUUUAAUCAAAAUAAUAAUAAAAAAUACAAUGUGUGUUGAUCGCUGGAUCGACAUUUGAUUGCUUAGCCAUGUUUAAAACAAGACUGUAUGUUCUUCUGUACCCUUACACACGCACGCACGCACGCACGCACGCACGCACGCACGCA